CAUCGUGGGAAGUUAUCCGGAGGGAAAACAAUUUCAGGAAAAGAAAUGCACUGCAGAUCCAUCGUUGCCUCAUCCUGCUUUUGACAGCGCGCAGUUCCGAAUCUCAACGCACAAACCUGUUUCAUUCACAUCUGAACUCUGGUGACCUCAACGAACCCUCUGUAGUUCAGUCAAGGCCAUUUGACCUCCGUCUGCAACAGACUGCAACAGGACAUCACCCUUCUUCUUCCGCUUCUAUCUACACUGUCUGCACCAAACUCCAAAAACAGCUAAGCGAGCAAGUCAUUUUUAUCCCUACAGCCUUCUACUGCAUGGCAUGAAAGAGCAUUCCAUCUUCUUUCAGAUGCAGAUCAGCCGUCUUGCUGUCUGGAUGGGAAGCAAUUAUGCAAACAGUUCAUUAGACCUUCAGAGAUAGCAGCACUUUAAGCACUUGAAAGAUCCAUCUCCGUCAAGCGGCUGCGUUGUUGAUAGCCCAGAAUAAGGAACGUAUGCUUUUAAUGGCUGCGUACGCAGUGAAGGGAAACGCACUCAGGUCGGGUUUGAAAUCUAAUGAGCUUCUGCGCUGCGUUCAGGAGUAGGGAUGGGCCACAAGGCACAGGAGAUACAGCAGUAGCCUCAUCGUGUGGAUUCAUCAGGAAAAUGAAUCACAGGUCUGUGGUCGGCAACCAUUCUGCAUUUCUGACUGAUUCGACUCGAGGGAAAAAACCGAAACCGAAAAGCAAGACUUUCAAUAGAACUGCCACCAAUUGAAGAUGUUCCGAGUCCUCGACGGAACCAGAGGGAGACCAAGGAUUUUAGGUCAAAGUUUUGGACGCACAUCCCCCUGGCUCCUGUCUGAAGACCCGUAAUGGACCAGGGCCUCGGACCGCUUCCAUGCGCCUCCCGUCCCACCGACGCUCUGGCCGAAAUCCCGCGCCGGCGCUGAGAGCCCGUCCACCCCCGGGACUAUGACCCAAACGGACUACAAGUUCAGCCUGCUCAGGGAAAGGCCGCUCCUGCUGCAGGUGGAGGACAGCCCCAUGAACCUGUUCGCCGUGCUGGAGGUGAAGAGGGACCCCCAGCGCAGAUGGAGCGCCCCGGCCUGCUUCAGGAAGGCCCGGCUGUACGGCUUUUUUUUCGGGCUGACGGUCAUGUUUCUGAUCAUGGCCUCCUACAUCCUGACCGGAGACAAGAAGAGACUGCUGCUGACCCCGUCUCCUUACCACUUCUCUGCGUUAGUCAACCCGGGGCCCUUUCCCUUCAACUUCUCUUCAGCCAAGGACUACGCCAACAUUAAAAUGGUGGUGAAAACCAUCGCCUCUAAGGUGGUGUUCGGCCCCCGGCCGGUUCCUGACAGGAAGGACCUGGUCCACAGCGAGCCACAUAUGUUUUCUAUCAUCCCCCGUAAAUUCCUGCCCGAUGUCAAGAACCCGUGCUGGUACGAGGAGCGCUCUGGGAAUAUCACCGGCGACCCUUACGGCGCGAACCUGUACGCCCGCUACUCCAAGCGUUUCCGAACCGCAUUUGACAACCUGAGGAACACUUUCAGGGAACAUUUGUAUCGCCGCGGGAACAAGUACUACCGCCUGCGGUGCCUGCCCUACUUUUAUAUCAUAGGCCAGCCAAAGUGCGGCACGACUGACCUUUAUGACAGACUGAAGCUGCACCCUGAUGUGAGGUUCACCACUUUCAAAGAGCCCCACUGGUGGACCAGGAAAAGGUUUGGUAUCAUCAGGCUCAGCGAGGGCUUCCAUGACCGCUACCCAGUGGAAGAUUACCUGGAUCUCUUUGAUCCGGCUGCGUACCAGAUCCAAGAUCACCUGCAGGGAAAUUCGUCCAGGGGCUCGAGCAAGCGAAACAUCAUUAUCGGCGAGGCCAGCGCGUCCACGAUGUGGGACAACAACGCCUGGGUGUACUUCUACGACAACGCCACCGAGGGGGAGCCCCCGUUCCUGAUCCAGGACUUCGUCCACGCCUUCCAGCCGGACGCCAGGUUCAUAGUGAUGCUGAGGGACCCCGUGGAGAGGUUGUACUCUGACUACCUCUACUUCGGCAUCGCCAACAAGUCAGCGGAGGACUUCCACGAGAAGGUGUCCGAUUCCCUGCAGCUGUUUGAAGGGUGUCUGGCUGAAUUCUCCAUGCGCUCCUGCGUGUACAACACCACCCUCAACAACGCCAUGCCUGUGCGGUUACAGGUGGGGUUGUACAUCGUGUACUUGCUGGACUGGCUGACGGUCUUCCGCAGGGAUCAGAUCUUAGUCCUGCGGCUGGAAGACCACGCCUCAAAUCGGAAGUACACCAUGCACCGAGUCUUCGACUUCCUCAGCUUGGGGCCUUUGACAGAACAGAAGGAGGCGGAGAUCACCAAAAGUCCUGCGUCCAACACCAGGAGACCAGCUGACAAGAACCUGGGACCCAUGCUCCCUGUCACCAAGGAGAUCCUCCGGGAUUUUUAUUCUCCGUUCAAUGAGAAGCUGGCCAAAGUGCUCCGAAAUGAGUCAUUCCUGUGGGAGGGCCACUCCAAGCACACGUGAAUCAGUCCCAAUGAAAAGAAAUCAUAAUAUAAAUGAUUUUGUUCAGGAAAGAAAAUGCAUUUGUGGUUGCAUUAAAACAAUGACAUUGGGAAGCUUUGUUUAUAUUUAAAUUAUUUUAAGUUAUGAAGGAGAGAAGAAUCACUGAUGCAAAACGGCACAGAACAUUUUUUCUGACCUUGAUUUUACAUUACAGAAAAGGGGAAAUAUUUUCCCUUUGGUACAAUAAUACUUUGUUAUUUGCAUUAAAUAAAAUACUACAUAAUGACCAA